AUUUGAUUCAAAUUCAAAAUAUUAAAUAUCAGCAAGAUUACUGGAUUACAAUGAGAGAAUUUCUACUUGUUCUGUCGACAGUAUGUUUUCUUGGAGCAGAAAUCUCAGCACAAAAAAAGAAACGUGAUCCUGAAGAAAAUAUUUUGGAGAACGGGGCCGGUUUGGACAAGCAUCUGUUGAACCCUGGAACCAUGGGGGUUGCGUACAGAACCUUUCAUAGAUUAAAAGAAUCAGAAAAGAAACAUCCUCAGCUUUACAACGCGACUAGAACCGGUUUCAGGGAGCUCCUAAAGCCAAGAGUAAUCAAGGAAAAAGAAUUAGAAGAAAUGAGAGAAAAUGCUCCAAAAACCCAAGAUUUGGAAGCAGAAAAAAUAGUUCAGCUCCUGGCUGAACCUGGAAGUGAAGCAGAACUAAAGGCAGCAUCUAAAAAAGCAGACAUAUUUCUUCACACAGCUGAGGCUCCUGAAGUCAUUUCUUUUGUACAAACAGGUCUAAAGGAGCUUUUAAAGUCAGUCGAACCAGAAUAUGAAGGAAAACCAGUACAACCAAAAAAUAUAGGAGAACAAGUCCAACCAAAAAAUGAAGGAAUAACAGUCCAACCAGAAAAUAUAGGAAAACCAGUCCAACCGGAAAAAGUAGCAAAACCAAAAGCUGUAAUUUAUGAAGAAGGAGAAAAGCCAAAAGUGGCAAGUCCUAAAAAAGCCCGAAAGACACGAGUUAAGAAGAGAAAGCACUAAAUUUCCAAUGAUAAAAUAUGAUGCAAAUAAAACAUGUAAAUGUGCUUUUAAAUAAAACUGGGGUUAAAUGCAUAAAGGAAAA